AUGGCAGUGGUAGCAAUGAAUUUAUGGUUUAAAGUGGCCGAGUGGAGAAUGAACAAUUACGUCCCAUCCAUAGAGGAAUACAUAAAAGUUGGGAUGAUAUCAAUUGCAACCGAUCUAGUCAUUGCUCAUGCUAUAUAUUUGGCACCUCCAAAGCUCUCAAAUGAAAUACUACACCAUGCUUGGUAUAAAAAGGUUUCGGAACUCACCAUGCUUUGUGCACGCUUCUUAAAUAACUUACAAGGCUAUGAGAUAGAAAGAAAGGAUGGGAAAUCCAACCUCGUUGCAUUAAUCAUGAAGGCAAACCCAAAUGCAACGAUCCAAGAUGCAGUAGGAUGCAUUGAGAACAUAUUGGAUCGAAAGAAAAAGGAAUUGGUGGAGAAGCUUCUGAUUCAUUUAGGAACUCUCAAAGCAUACCAAAUGUUCUUCAAUGGCACCAAUGCAUUUGAGUCUCCUUCACAACUUCUCCAUGAUUUCAAUAGAGCCUUUUAUGAAGAUCUUCCUAUGAAAGAAAGUGGACUUACCCCCCUAAAGGAUGAGCAACACAGCCUCGAUAUCCGUAUGCAUGCAACUAUGGCCAAAGAAAAUAGAUUGGCUUCUAGAAGUCGGGUUCAUCUGCACAAGUGCAACAAGCCUAGCCAAGGUUCAUGGAUCACACCACUUCGUUGCUUUGGUUACAGACCAGGGUUCAUACUUCAGUUCUUAAAUCUCCAUGGUUCAAUAACCAUAUAA